AUGCGCUGGGUCGCCGGUUUUCGCCAACUUUCCUCCAUUUCCAAGCCCUUCAUUCGAAUCGAGUCUCCAAAGCAAUUGGCCCAGAGAAUGUCAGCUCUUCCUAACACCUACGACGGGCCCGUCCCAAUUGCUGUCAUCGGCGGCACUGGUCUCCGCGAGCUCCCCGGCUUCACCCAGGUUGCUUCGCUGUCUGUCUCGACUCCCUGGGGUGAGACUUCCUCGCCGAUCACCAUCCUGCACCACCAGUGCAAGCACAACAACAAGACUGUCGCCGUUGCCUUCUUGAGCCGCCACGGCGCUCACCACCAGAUCGCCCCCCACGAGGUCCCUGCCCGUGCCAACAUUGCCGCUCUCCGCUCUAUUGGUGUUCGAAGCAUCAUUGCCUUCUCCGCCGUCGGCAGUCUGCAGGAGGCGAUCAAGCCCCGUGACUUCGUUAUCCCCGACCAGAUCAUCGACCGUACCAAGGGCGUCCGCCCAUGGACCUACUUCGAGAAGGGUGUUGUCGCUCACGUCCCCUUCGGUGAUCCCUUUGAUGAGGGCAUUGCCAAGGUUGUUCGGGAGUGCGGGCACAGCCUUGAGGGCGAUGGCGUCGUCCUCCACGACCGGGGUACCAUCAUCUGUAUGGAGGGCCCCCAGUUCUCCACCCGCGCCGAGAGCAACAUGUACCGCUCCUGGGGCGGCAGCGUGAUCAACAUGUCCGUCCUCCCCGAGGCUAAGCUGGCCCGCGAGGCCGAGAUCGCCUACCAGAUGAUCUGCAUGUCUACCGACUAUGACUGCUGGCACGACUCUGCGGAUGUCACCGUCGAGAUGGUGAUGGGACAUAUGAAAGCUAACGCCGACAACGCUCGCCGCUUUGUGACUGCCGUCCUCGACGCGCUGGCCGCGGAUGAGCACGAGGAUUUGGUCCAGGCGAAGCACCUUGCUGGCUCCAUCAAGUUUGGCUUCAGCACCCCCCAGACGAACUGGUCCCCUGAGGUUAAGGAGAAGCUUAACUGGCUAUUCCCCGGUUACUUCUAA